GUUGCUACGGCAGCGCUUUUUUUGCUGCGGCUUAUUUUGGAAGUACACAUUUCAAGCAAGGUAUCGUAGGGAUGCAUUGUGUUGAAGGGUCAAACCUCUAGCUGCCGCGCGGUGCAGAGUGGGAAGGCCUAGGCGCUAGGCGUAGGGCCAUCGUUGUGCGUGGUACCUGUUCUGCGAUUUCGAGCGACGGAGUUGAGCCGUGCGACAAUGAUUAAGCUUUUCUCCCUCAAGCAGCAGCAGAAAGAUGGCGAGGCGACGGGCAAUAAGCCGACGAGCCAGAAACGUGCCUCAGCGGCCCAGCUACGCAUUACGAAGGACAUCAACGAGUUGAACUUGCCCAAGACCUGUCAAAUGGAGUUCCCAGAUCCGGACGAUCUGCUGAAUUUCAAAUUGGUCAUUUGCCCCGACGAGGGCUUCUACCGAAACGGACGCUUCGUGUUCAGCUUUCGCGUAAGUCCAAACUACCCGCACGAACCGCCCAAGGUCAAGUGCGACACAAUGGUCUAUCACCCAAACAUAGACCUGGAUGGUAACGUCUGUCUCAACAUUCUGCGCGAAGACUGGAAGCCUGUGCUCACGGUCAACUCUAUUGUCUACGGCCUGCAGUACCUCUUCCUUGAGCCAAACCCCGAGGACCCGCUCAACAAGGACGCCGCGGAAGUUCUGCAGAGCAACCGGAGACUGUUUGAACAAAACGUCAAGAAGGCCAUGCUUGGAGGCUACAUCGGCGCGACGUACUUUGAACGGUGCCUGAAGUAGCCCACUAUGCUGUCUUCUCGUAUCUUUUUGGGGAAUAAGGGUAAAUGAAAUAGUGUGUAAUGAUGCUGCCGCUGCUACUGGUGCUGACACCGCAAUCAUUCUGCUUGGUGCUUUUGCAAUGCGGCGCUUGUGCCAGGCGGGAAUGAAAGCACGCGUCACGGGAUCGUUACAGUUCUCGUAGUGUGCUUAUAAUUGACUGUAUUUGUUGCGCAUAUUAAGAAGGUUCCUCGAGGGACUCUUGUUUUAUAAAAUUUUGGGCUAUACGGUCACUCGCAAGUAUGUUUUCGAGUUAAGUCGAUUUUCACGAAUGUAUUUACGAUCAGCUCUACCUGUACUACUUUAGAUUCUUUUUGAUGACGGCAUAAGACGGGUGCACGUUUCUGUGACGCCUUUAUUGAAGCGGUUACUAUUCUUUAGUUACUCGGCAUGUUGUAGUCAGGGUCUGUCGUGCGUCGAUGUGCACUUGCUUUCACCGGAUCGGUGGACGUGUGUGUGUGUGUGUGUGCGUCUACAACAUUGUUCCUCUGACUUUGUCUGGCUUUAUAAAGCCAGGCUAUGCUGACAGACAAUGUGCGACUGCCGAGAAAUUCAUUGUACUGCACGUGUUGAUUCCCUUUUGUUACGUAACUAUGGUUGAUUUGUUCGUUUUUAAUUUGGCCUAUCUAAUUGCUCCAUGAUGACAUUGACUUUGUUGCUCGCUACAUAAUGCAACCCUGCGACCUUGUACAAUUUUGACUGAUUUAGUACUCUAAACAAUAUGAAUUUUUAUGCUUCGUGAAAUCUAUGUGUAAAGAGUUACAUUUUUCUCAGCAAGUUUGCCAGGAACUUCACAGCUACUCUUCACAUGUCAGUUUUUUUUUUUUCAGUUGGCAUGAUGGAGAGCCACAUUGAACCAGCCGUUUCAUGCUGGCAAGAAUGUAUGUUUGGUUAUUUCUGCUCUGGGUGCUCUGUUUAAGACUUGAUGGUCACAUUGCUACAACUGCUCUGCAGGCUUUCACUAUUUUCGCCGUUAAAUUGUGCUCUGUUCGUCGGUCCAAAUGUCUCAGACUUAUUGCCACCAGCACAUACACUUCUUGUUUUGUUUUUGCUGCCAUUUCCUGCACUUCAUUCUGCUAUUAUUCCUUUUUCUUCACCAUCUUGCACUGUGCUGUCCAUGAGUGCUGUCAUGCAGAAAUGAAAACUAGUUGCAGGCACCACUUUACAGUCUUGUGGCCUAGUCACAAAAAUUAUUUGGGGAAUUCUGCUGUCACAUGAUGAAUAAGUAAUAGCUUCUAUAAUUCCUCACUGUAAUUGUACCAUGAUCAGUUUCUCAAUACAAUCGUGAUGUAUGGCCUAUGAACUCUCAGUGGUGUUGUGUGUGCCUUUAAAGAAAUCCCCAAGGCAAUUUCCAGUCAAUAAGGCUACUUUGCUUAGCUUAAUGGGUAAAAAACAAUGGGUUGCUAGCUGGCCAGUUGUCGCUGGUGAAGCGACACUCGCAUGUAAAUCCAGUAGCAGAAUUUGCUAGGAGCCAAGGGACAAAAUAUAGCUUGAUAGAUUCGAAGCACUCGGCUCGAUAGCGAUGCCAUUCAGCAGGCACUGCUAAAGAUUACAAUCAGCCAAACCAUAUUGUAACAUAGACUGGCAACCUUGUGGGCUGAUAUAUAUCAUUGAGCUUCUGUGUCCCACCCACAGGCAGUGCCAGAUGCAGUUGGUGUGUAUUGGCUGCUGGCAGGACAUCAUGCUCUUUCCUAAAUUUCUUUUUCUUUCUCCGAAGAAAUAACGUAAAGCUAUUUUUUUACAUUUUAUAACAAUUUCUUGGCAUUUGAUUUACACAACUGUCAAAUUGGCCCGGAACACACGGUCUAUCCUGAACGGUCCACUUCAAUGGUCUUCUCAAUUGUGGAAAGCAUCACGUCUGCUCUGACAAGCUGUUCAUGUCUUGCCGGCCGACAAUAGCCAAGGGCAGAGAAGUGUUUGGGUUGAGCUAUUGCAGAACAAACUGUGUGGCUAGUUGGCUAUUUAUAUUCACUAAAAGAGUAUAGCACAAACACCAUCUUUUUGCUGCGUUUGUAGUUUUUGAACUAUACUUUUGCUCUUCAUGGGUUGGGCCAGCAGAAUGAAAAUGUAUCACCUGGGACAGAAGAUUGUGCCAAUGUCUUCGAAUGGACCUCGCCUUAAAGAGCUCAACUGUGCAUUUAUAGCAGAUACUCUGCCAAGAAUUGGCAGAGUGAUGUCGUCUACUUGUUGAAAGUGCUCAACAGUAUUGCACUGCAACAGUGUUGAGCACUUUCUGCCGGCUGCUUUUAACUGUAGACAAAAAGCCAGUAGUUUAGGGUCUUUGGUAAGCGAGAUUUAGCAAUUAUCUUCUGUUCCAUUUUGAAUGUUGCUUUGCUCGCUUAAAAUUAUUUUUUUCACGUAUACGUAGUAUGUGCUGGUUUACUACAUGCAUGUCACUCGGACAUGAAUUGUAGCAGUUUAGUGAUGUCACAUGACUAGCAAUGCUGGCGCCUGCCUAGAUAAACUUUUGACCAGUUGCUUAGGGCAAAUGGAAAAGAAAGGCAUAGAACUAAAAAUUGAUUGUUUUCGUAGUUUAAUCGUGCAUGAGCAGUGGGUUGAUGUCAUUUUAAGAAGGAUAACUUUCACACUUUCUUGUAACAUGGCAGACAGACCUAAGCAGCCAGAGAAAUUUCAACAAAUCCAGGAGUGAUAGUGGUGAAAAUCUAAAUACAAACAGAUUGGUAUAAUUGCGACCCUGUUUCUCGAAAUGGGGUUGGGGAAACUCUUCUAGUCUCUCAUCUUUCCAAUCAAGCGAUAGAAUGGUUCUCCCACCAUCGCAGGUGCCAAAGCUACCAGGCUUUGCUCCGAGUGCAGCACCCGUAACAGCAGCAGUAGGCAGGGGCUUUUUUUUUUUCUUUUUCAGUACAUGUAUUGGUUGCCACUGGAUCCAGUUACUCCUCCAAGAUGUAUGUGUGCGCACUGUCUCGAGCCUCUUGAAAUGUGCGAUGCCAUGGAUUACAAAGAUGUGGAAGCAGCAGUGUUGCGAUCAGUGUGUGUGCCACGGGGCCUAUGAGGUUGCUUUUUCACUCGGGUCUUGCCUUAGUGACGAGCCAUCAUUUCAUUGUCAAAGUCUCGCUUGGCAAGAGGACAUCGUAAGCCAUCCCGCGCGUUUAUUACAGGGAGUUGUGCUCCCUGGUUGCAGCAUAUGUUACGGUGUAUGUGUGCAUGUAUGCGUGCCUGACAAGCAUUGUUUGGUUUGUAUCUUGAUUGAUUGGCGACUCGGCAUGCUGACGUAAGGAAUGUAAAGACAUUUCGUUUAGGUUGUUGUGUCCGAAGAAGCCCAAUGUUUUUUCUUUUAAUUCUGUUCCCAAAUUUUUGUUUUUAACUCUGGGUUGAGUGAAUAAAUAAAAAAAAAAUGCCAGUUGCGACUUCAGGUGUGCUAUUGCGUUUUGUUAUGGUGUGAUAUUACUGUUGGCUGAAUGCUGUUCAUGGCCACAACACAAAGUAAUUUUUCGGUCUGUCAGCCUUGUGCAAGUUGCCUUCAAGAGUUCUACAGUGUGUACUCCAGACAGUUAUGGGUUCCUGAGCAGCGAGUGAGCAUAUUAUAACUAAUACCAGUGAAGCUUUUUAUUUCUGUUGAUCGAAAGCUUUUUUUGUACCGCUGUUGCUUUUGAAUCCCUCUGGCAGAUGAUUCUGGGUUGGGUUUCGAUGCCUGGUAGAAUUUCUUAUGUCGUGACUAGACGUAAGCUAUUCAUGAGCAAAGAGUUUUUUGAUUCAUAAAAAUAAAUGGCCAAACUUUGUUUUCAAAUGC